CUCUUAUAAAGCCGGUGUUAAGGCUGAGAGUGCGCCCCACUUUCUCAACCGAUACCAACGUCUGCGGAACCGAGAAACUGGUCCGGACCGGUUCUGCAGGUAUUAAACUUCCACCCGAGAGCCGCGGUUCAACAGGCGGAGUUGAGGAAACGGCGAUGGAGCACUCCAAGAAGACAAAGUACAGCUCCGGAGACAGGAAGGACUCCGCGGACGGCGGCUCCGUCCUCAACGGACACUUUGACGGGAUGGUGAAGCGGCCGGCAGGCGCCUCGCAGGCGGCGGAGCCCGGGUCGCACCGGGCCACCGGCUCGGUGAUGGAGAGCUGGAAGGAGGAGCGCACCAGGAGCCUGGAGGACAACGAGAUGAGCCUGCCGUCCCUGGCCGCAGCCUACACCACCAUCCUGCGGGGGCUGGGGGAGGACCCGCAGCGGCAGGGGCUCCUGAAGACCCCCUGGAGGGCCGCCACCGCCAUGCAGUUCUUCACUAAGGGCUACCAGGAGAAGAUCAUCGAUGUGCUGAACGACGCGAUCUUCGACGAAGACCACGACGAGAUGGUGAUCGUCAAAGACAUAGACAUGUUCUCCAUGUGUGAACACCACCUGGUUCCCAUCUUUGGCAGGGUUCACAUCGGUUACCUCCCCAACAAGAGGGUUCUGGGCCUGAGUAAGCUGGCCAGGAUUGUUGAAAUCUACAGCCGCCGACUACAAGUUCAGGAGAGGUUGACCAAACAGAUUGCUGUGGCCAUUACCGAGGCCCUGCAGCCCACCGGGGUCGGCGUUGUUGUUGAAGCAACUCACAUGUGCAUGGUGAUGCGAGGCGUCCAGAAGAUGAACAGUAAAACCGUUACCAGCACCAUGUUAGGAGUCUUUAGAGAAGAUCCAAAAACCCGCGACGAGUUCCUGACCCUCAUUCGAAGCUGAAGAGGAAGAGGCUCCCCUUGCUCCUCUACCUGUUGCCUGGAGUUACCUCCACCUGCGCGGACCACCUGCCGUGCCCACCGUGUGUGUGUGUGUUUGUUUGUGCGUGGGUGUGUUUCCGUCUCACCAAGGGCACUGAAAGGGUGUUUACUUUGUGUUUUUGUUCACUCUGUAGUGACCUGAUGAGGCGGCAUGUUACCUCGAUGAUUGCAGCUCAAGGCCGCUGACUGACCUGUUUAUUCUCUGAGUACAACAGACUUUAACCUGUUUAUUUUUAUGUCAAAAUCUUUUUUCCACGUAUGUGAAUGAUCACUGGCCACCAAUAAGAGUUUAUCCUAAAAACUAGUCUUAAAGCAUUCUCAAAUGACAUGAAAUAACUUCAGGAAUCAUAUCCAGUCUUAAAGUCGGUGUCUUUUAGGCUGCAACUUAUUUACCCGGUUCAGAAAUGUUAAAAUCUAACCUUGUUUAUAAAAAUACACAACACAAUUAUUUAUUGCACAGAGAUGAAGCCGAACACCUCCAUGAAGCAUCAGAUUGCAGAACCAAUGUUCAUCUUUUCCAGGUCUGAAUUUUAACUGGACAGACGUGGAUUAUUUUAUUAAGCAGCCAUUUUGAACCUUUGUCUGGAAUCAUGGUUCUGCUGUUGACCCCAUUUGGGCCAAGCUUUUGCUGUUGUACUGAUGGUCUCAUAUUUUACCCCAGAAAGCUUCUGUUAUGGAGAGGAGUUUAACGGUUGACUCACUGACUGCAGGACACCCAGGUCUCAAGUCCAAACCAUUACUUUCCACCACUAAGAUGAGAAUUUCAUAUGAGGCGUUUGUGCUGAUAUGCUGGUUUUGGUUUUCUCCAAGCAUGGAGCUGUGCACCAUGCACAAAGGUCUCAGUCAAUAUUGGUUAUAUCUAUCUAAAGGACGUUGCUCCUGAAGUGUUGUGGUUCAUUAAGUUGCAACUUUGCACACCAAAGUCAUGCUGCCAUAUUUUUUUAGAGGUGGACACAGUUGUUGACCAUAUUAUGGUUUUAUUUCUGUCCAAGAGGUAACAUCAGUGUUAAUCUGUUGUGUGUUUUUCUAUGCUUAGAGUUAGAUUGGAGUCAUUUCAGAACCUGGGAAACAGAAUAUUUUUCCUUAUGUACAGAUACAUAAAACACUAGAAUUAAAAGGUGUACUUUGUGUUAUCAAGACUAGAUCCAAAACCACCCAAAAAAUGUUGAUUUAGAGGAAAUUAUUAAUAGAGUCACUGCGUUUUACUUUUAAAAAUACAAAACAGUCCAUAUUUUUUAACAAACAUGAUAGGUCAUUUAAACUCCAAAAUAUCUUCAAGGUUUGCUUUAUCAGUUUUCCUAAAAUUAAAACCACUGUGUUUCAAAGUGAAACAUGAAUACCAUUGUACAUUACUUUUGUAUUUCUGUUGGUGGUUAUUCAUAUUUAGAAUAUUGAGCAUAGUUUUAAAGUAACAUAUUCUUAAUGGCCCUUUGUUUCCUGUAUGAAACAACUUUUUUGUUUAGCAAACUUUAAAAAAAAAUGCUUAAAACAUUUUGAAGAAAUUCUAUAGAGAUAAAUUCAUAUCCAAAUUGGAUUUUAAAUAAUCAGACAUGAAAAGGUAAAGUCAUUGGUUUAUCAUUCACUACAGAGAAGAAAAUAGGACCUCAAAUCUGCACAUUUCAAAAUAAAAAAAAUUAAAAUGUGAAAAUGACAGGCUUUAGACCAUCCACGUCAGAAGAAGCUGUUUGAAGAUGAACAACUCAAUAGAAAAAACAAUCAAUAUUUAAUACUGUUAAUAUUUUUCACGGGCAACAAAAUAAACUACAUCUGUAGCCUGUUUACGUAAUACACCAAGAGAGUAUUGCUACAAUAAACUUUAGCUUCAGCAUCUAGCUAUAACUUGAAGCUUGUUACAUGCUAAUUAUGCUAAUUUACCACUACCCUAUGUGCUAAUUUAGUUAAAUGUUGACUAUUCUUUUAGAUAAUUAAGCUAAUUUAAGUUAGCUUAAUGCUAACAUUGCUAUAUGAUGAUUGAGCUACACGGUGAUGCUAAAUGCUCGCUAUGUAGCAUGCUACAAAACUUUUGCUGACAAAUUAGGGGGAUGAAAACAAAAUUGAGUCUUUUGUUUUCAGCUUCCAAGAGGUCUUUUCAAAAGUGGUCGGUACAAAUAAUUUAGAAGCAGGCAAUUUCUUUUACGUUGUAAUUUUCAACGUAAUUUCUUUUUCUCCAUGUUGCUAACUAAAUAUGCUACAUGCACAUUUUCAAAUUCAGCAUUAGAGCUUGAUCCCAAUAAUCUUUAAAAUCAUACAGAUCUGACAAGAAGAGAAGCUGCUUAACAUCUGAAAUGUCUUUUGGGAAUAUAAUCCUCUGGACAUUUUCAUUUACGUUUAAAAUCGCAAUAAUUAUCUUUGGGUGUUAGCAUUAGCAAGCUCAGGCAGCCCAGUUGCCUCUAGUCUAUGGUCUAUUUUAACCCAUUUAGCAUAGUCUAAAACUUCAGUGUACUUCUUUUAUUCUAUCACAUAUUAAAUGUUAUAUAAAUUAUUGCUGAAACUUUGCUAAAUAAAUACAGUGGAUUAGCAUAAUAGUCAGGUAAAUAAUUAAUGAGCAAACAAGGCAACUGCAACGUUUAUUUAUUCAAAACCCUUGUGCUUUGAUCUUAGUAACAUUAUAUGAAUCCAUAUAUAUAAAUGAAUAUAUUAAAACACAGAGUUAUGAAGGACAAUUUUCAUUGAAAUGGAAGGUAACUGAUGCCCUUGGUUUUCAUUUUAAAUAACUGAUCUCUGAAAACGGUGUUGAGAAAGGUUUUGUAAUUUCAUCUCUGUUAAUGUCUUUCUAACGGUCGGCACAUUGUACCCGAAAGACCGUGGCUUACAAUUUUUUGUUCCUUUGCACUUUUUAAAACGCUGAGAGCUGAUUUAAUAGUGACAAACAGAUUAUUUCCUGCCGAUUAAAACAAUGUUUUUUUUAAAUCCAACUUGUGUCAAUUGUUAAAUCAUUGUCGGAUCUAAGUGUAUCUGGAAGGAACACCAAUAUUUCCCCUUUUGUUUUUUGAAACUUGUCAUUUUUAUUAUUUUUUUUCCUGUGAGGAACUGCCUUUAUCUGCCAACCAGCCUCUUGAUUAAAACCAAAAAGAUAUUUUUUGUCCAUGUAAGGAUUGUUAAAUGUAUUUGUAUGUGUGUAUGGGUGUGUUUUCGGCACAGUUUUCAUCCUGAAAGAUGAACAUUGUGAAGUCAAGUUUGUAUUGUUGUGUGACUUUGUGUUUACUGGUGCGACACAACUUGCAUUUCAGUGUAUCAUAAUGUCUGCUGUCUGGUUUUAAUUGUGUAACUGCGUCUGUGUGUGUGUGUGUGUUGUGAUGAAAGGAAGGUUUGUGCUAAGGAAAAAAGCGCUUUAAUUGUUUAUGUGGCCUUGUUUAUUUGUUGUGCUAAUUUUAAAGACUUUUUAAUCAAAGAUAAUAAAAGUAUAUGACAGUA